UCUUAGAAAAUCUUUAAAUCAUAUUAUUAUAUAAUAUCUUGAUUCGUGUAUAUGUCAUAUGACUCAAAUGAGUCAAAUUUUCAAAAUUAUUGUUAUCAAGUUCCGCUUGAGCUUUGAGUCAUAAUUUGAUCUUCAUUUUCUUGUUAAACUUGUCAUAUUAAUUAUUUUUAUUUGACAAAACAUUAGAUUACACCAUGUCUCUAUUUAGUGUAUUACCAGCCCCUACACAAUUUCUUCAGGAUUUGGAAGAAGAUGACGAAUCAAAUGAAACGCUUGCUGAGAAAACCAAUACAUAUGAAGUGUAUGCUGUUAAAAUCCCACCGUAUGGGAAUAGAAAUGGAUGGGUACCAAGGACUGUUGAAGAUUUUGGGGAUGGUGGCGCUUUUCCGGAAAUCCAAGUUGCACAGUAUCCAUUGAAUAUGGGAAAAGAAAAUAAAGAAUCUGUUUCAAAUGCUCUUGCAUUGCAGUUAACUUCUGAUGGUAAAGUUAAAUAUGAUGUGAUUGCUCGCCAAGGUCAAAGAAAAGAUAAAGUGAUUUAUUCAAAAUUAUCUGACAUGCUUCCAUCUGAGGUGAUCAAUGAAGAUGAUCCUUCUUUGCAAAAGCCUGAUUUAGAAGAAGUUGCAGAUCUCACUGAAAAAACAAGAGCAGCACUCGAAAAAUUGACUAAUUCUAAAGUUUCGGCUGCAUUACCAGUACGAGCAGCAGAUAAACCUGCUCCUGUUCAAUGGUUCCGCUAUACCCCUACUGAACAAGGAAAAGAAUAUAAUUCUGGAUCAAAACAGCGUGUAGUAAGAUUAGUGGAGGCUCAGAAAGAUCCCAUGGAACCUCCAAAAUUUAAAAUCAAUAAAAAAAUUCCUCGGGGUCCUCCAUCACCUCCUGCACCUUUAAUGCAUUCUCCUACCAGAAAGACAUCUGUUAAAGAACAAAAAGAAUGGAAAAUUCCUCCAUGUAUAUCCAAUUGGAAAAAUGCUAAAGGUUAUACAAUUCCAUUAGAUAAGAGAUUAGCUGCUGAUGGUCGAGGUUUACAACAAAAUCAUAUAAAUGAAAAAUUCGCUAAACUGGCCGAAUCCUUAUACAUAGCAGAUCGAAAAGCUAGAGAAGCUGUUGAAAUGAGGGCUCAGCUGGAAAAGAAAAUGGCACAAAAAGAAAAGGAAAAGAAAGAGGAACAUCUUAGAGCCAUGGCUCAAAAAGCCAGGGAAGAAAGAGCAGGUAUUCGGCUUCCUGGAUCCGCUAAAAAUGAUGAAUCUCGUGAACGUGAUCAAUUGCGUUUGGAACGACAAAAAGAUAGAGCUCGUGAUCGUAAUCUUGCUAGAAAUGCUGACAGUCGUAAAAACAAAGUAUUGCGAGAUCGAGAUAUUAGUGAACAAAUUGCUCUUGGACUCCCAGCAAUCACUAGAAAAACUGGUGAUACUCAGUACGAUCAACGUUUGCUUAAUACAACAGCAGGUAUGGAUACCGGAUUUGGAGAUGAUGAAGAAUAUAAUGUGUAUGAUAAACCUUGGCGUGGAAAUAGCUCUUUGGCUCAACAUAUUUACCGUCCAUCUGCUAAUAUUGAUAAAGAAGUGUAUGGUGAUGAUUUAGACAAAAUUGCUAAGACAAAUAGGUUUGUGCCAAACAAAGAAUUUAGUGGAACAGAUCGUGAUCCUAAAGCCAGUGGUCGAUCUGGACCUGUUCAAUUUGAAAAACAUCAGCAAGAAGAAGAUCCAUUUGGUUUGGAUCAGUUCUUAACUCAAGCCAAGCAUGCAUCUAAAAGAUCUCAGCCACAACAACAAGACCGUGACAAACGUCGUAGAAAAGAUUAAUUUCUUUAUUUCUUAUUUAGUGUUAAAAUGUUUUUUGUCCAUUAUUAUAGAAGUUAAAAUUUUCAUUUAAAUCUUUUACUUCUCCAGACUUACUAUUACAUUUAUGUGUUUCAUAAUAUUAUCAUUUUCCRGUAACCAUACAAUUUUAGGAUAUUUAUUUAAACUUAAAUAAAAUAAUCUCAAAAUUUAAAAUUUUUGUUGAAACUUUAUUCUUUCACUUUUACACCUUGAUGAAACUAACAGUUUACACUACAAAUUUGCACAAAAAACUAACCCGCCAGAACUUAAAAUUUGUCAAAUGCGAAUUAUAAAUACCUUCAAAUAGUGAAAAAAUAACUUUAAUAUUAAGAAUGCAACAUUCAAUAUAAUUUUUCAUAUAGCCACUAGAAAUAUGUGUUAGUGCUGAAUUAUUUAAUUUUCAAAGCAAGAUAGCCAUAUUUACUUUAUGGCAGUAAACUUUAAUACAUCAUUUCUCAACCUUUUUAGUGUCUUGACCCCCAAAAUAGGUAU